UUGAAGAACAAAAAUAUGAUUUGCCUGCGUUUAGCUGUAUUAAUUGUCCUCUUCCUGGCAUUCGUUUCCAGCUUUGAUGAUAUGGAAACACUGCACGAGCAGUAUUUGAACGAGCAAACAAAAAUUCGCAAAGAGAUCUGCGUUUUGAAGCCGGAGUACGGCAAGUGCAAGGGACGCCGUAGCCUGUGGUACUUUAAUAACCAGUAUGGCAAGUGCCAGACAUUCACCUAUUCCAACUGCGGCGGCAAUCGGAACCGAUUCUACACUAAGGAAGCCUGCAUAGACUUCUGCGAUAGAUUCGAUUGGAAGGCUGAAAACCUAAAACGCUUUAACAUAAAGGCAGUUCUCCCUAACACAGCUAACCCGGCGCAAUAAAUGAAUCUCUAAGAAACUGCUUAAUGUUCACUUCACAAUUUUAAUAAA